UAACCUGUAAAUUUUCAUAUGCGAAAACGGCAAUGUGUCUGUGGCUCAGUUAGCGCGGUAAUAUUCCUAAUCGGUGUUGGUCUGCUUGUAGCUGGUUUAACUGUUGUACUCAAAGUCUUUCCAGAUAUAGUCAAUAAUUCGGUCAAAAAGCAAAAGGUGCUAGGUCUCAACUCCGAUGGGACUCUCAACGAUUUUACAAAGCAAUGGGCGACCCCUUCGUAUAUAUCAACUAUACAAUAUUGGGCUUUCGAUUAUAAAAAUACUAUUGGAAUUAUGAAUAGGGCACUUUAUCCGGAUAUGGACGAAAAGGGUCCUUACGCGUAUGAUGAAACCAUAAUCAACGAUCACAUAAGCUUUACCGACAAUGGAGAACGUAUGAAAUAUGCUCAAGCCUAUCGGUACAAUUUCAAUCCGGCCAAGUCAUGCCCCACUUGCGAUCCGAAAAAGGAUACCGUAACCAUUCCUGAUAUCAGCUUCUUUGUUGGAAUGGAGCAAAUUCAAGAAUUCCUAGAAAAGGUGUUAGGUAACGAGGAGCUUGUUGGAUUUUGUCAUAUGAUUAUGGAACCAGAGAAAUGUGCCGAGUUGGCGAAACUGAUAGACAGAGAGUUAGGAGUAUUUCUGUCACUUUUCAAGACGGGACCAUUCGUUACAGUGACAGUGGACGAGUUACUCUUCUCCGGUUACGUUUCCCCUAUCGUAACUAGACUAUUUGAUCGUGUCAUAGACAUCACUAAUAAACUCAUUGGUACAGAAUUCAAGCAUAUAGAUCCAGAAAACUUCACAGUCGCCUUAAAUACAGAAAAUGGCACAACUGACACAAUUUAUACGGUAGACUCAGGAAAAGUCGACUCAUCUCGUGCUGGCUAUAUACUGUCCUUUGCGAAUAUGACCAAUGCUUCUCUACCCAGUCAAGGGAACAAACUUCCGUCUGAAUGGUGGCCUGCAGCUGAGACUCCCACUUGUAAUAGUUAUGCUUUGAUGCUUGAAGGAACUGAUGGCGACUUCUUCAAGUCUUUUCUAGACAAGAAUGAGAGGUUACCCCUUUAUGUAGAUGACAUCUGCAGAACAGCGGAGUUACUAUAUGAAAAAGAAGUGACUGUGAAGGGUAUAGAUGGGUACCGAUACGUAUUACCCCCCGACCAGUUCAACUACUCGAUCAGCGACAACUGCGGUUUCUGUAAUCCGAAUAGUUUGAGCAAAUAUGGAGCUUAUAAUGUGCCAAAGAACGGGUCUUGUUUACCCAGUGGUCUUCUAGAUAUUAGCGGUUGUCAAAGUGCACCAAUAAUCAUCUCAAAACCUCACUUUUACCAAGCAUCGGAUAUCGUGCAAGCAUUUGUUCCUCGUUUCAAAUCUUCUUACGACGAUGAGACUACGCUUGACAUUGAACCGAUGACUGGAACUGUUUUGUCAGCAAAAAAGCGAUUGCAAAUCAAUUUGCUCGUCAAUCAGUUUCCUACAAUUGCAGCGUACAGCGUCAUCCGACCUGGUGCAUAUCCACUAGUGUGGCUGAAUGAAUCCUUCUUGAUAGAUGACGGAACGAAAAACGAUCUCCAAUCGUCACUGUUUACACCGCAGAAGACAAUAAAAAUAGUGUGCUGGAGUGCGGUUGGUGUAGGAGCAUUCCUCAUCGUCUUAUCCGGCGUGCUUGUCUUGAUCAGUAUCUUCUGUCUGGGAGACAAAGGAAUAAAAAAAGACGACUAA